UACCUUGAAAUCAUUUAGCUUGAAAUCUUUAAUCAUUCUCACAAUUUACAUCCGAGGUGAUCAACAACCGAAUUAGUUGAUUAGCAUUUCGACUUUUCCUUUUUCCAUAUCAUCAACGUUCAUCAUUCUAAUUGUUACGAUUUAUAAUCUCAGUUUAAUCUCAAUCUAAUCACCUUUAUAACUCGUCUCAAUGUCAACUUGGCAGCCUCCCGCAUCUUCAUCUAUUUAUCAUCCAUCUUCAUCUUCAUUAACUACACCAUCAUUUUCAUCAUCAACCUCUCCCACUCCCACUUCCGCUACCCCGACAUAUCGACCUAUUCUUCCCUCGGUGGGAGUGAUUCCACACUUCGAUACCCACCUAAAUGGACCCACUCAAAGUGAACAAGAGAAAGUUUUAUACCAACAGGAGAAGCAACGAGAACGAUUGGCUGUAGUUAAUCAGCCUCAUCGGACUUUCCCCGUGGUCACACCCAAACCAAAGCCAAUUCACGACUAUCCGAUUGGAUCUUACCUUCGACAUGUUCGAGAUCCAACUUGGCAACAACCACCUCGAGUCUCCUCACCCGUUCCGAGGCCUGACAAGCUAAAAGAGGUUAUGAACAGAUUUGCUGGUGAUCUUGAUGCUGAAAAGGUUGUUCAUCUUCAAUACAAUUCACCAUUAAAUGUUUACAGUAGAGAUUCAAUUGCUGAAACCUUGGCUCCUCAAACCAAUGUGAAAAUAAACACACCAACAAUCAGCCACAAUCAAAAUGCUACACCAACACAAUCGCCACAUUAUCAACCACAACAACAACAACACCAUCAUCAUUACGUAGUAGACCCAAUGAUGAGCCGUCUCUCCGUUUCACCGACUCCCUACAACACCAACAACACCAACAACAACCUUCGUCCAUCAACACCAAUUACCGAUAUCCGUAAAUCACCAACCUGGCAAUUAAUUCAAGAACAGGAAUCGGCUAAGGCUUAUGGUCCGGUCAAGGAAAGGGUCAACUCGCCGGUUGGGGCUACUCUUCAUGUAUCAAGUAUCGAUGGUCACGAAUCACCAGCACAAUCAUCGACAUUUAAACAUCUAAUGAGUGCAUUGGUUGAUCAUCCAGCUUAUUAAUUGCAAUUAAGAAACAAAAACAACAACAAAAAAAUGCAAAUUGGAUUCUAAUCAACUUUUUGCCCGCCAUAAUUGAUUUAAUUUCUUUUCCCCUUUAAUCCUUUAAUCUUAAUCUUAAUCACUAUCUAAGUCCAAAGCUGUUUAUGUGUUUAAAUCAACAAUCAACCCUAAAUUUAACCUUUAAUUGUAAUUGUGAUGACGUUGGUUAUGAUGGCGAUGAUGGUAAAACUAUGAUUGUUAAAUUUAAAUUGUGAUUUCGUUGAUAAGUCCUUAAAUAAAGUGUUUCAAUGUUAUCAAA